GCAUCAUUUUAGCAUAAGCGAAGCAAACGUAAGUUUACGUGUUUUUAUAAGAAUUUCAUCAAUAAUAUAAUGUUAAUUCGAAGUAAACUUCUGACGUUGUCAUAAAAAUAUUCAUACAAUUAGUAAAUUAGUUUGUUACUUAGCACAACAUCUUGUGUAUACCAUCAGAAAUUAAAAUAAAGAAAUUUUUCAAAAAUGGCAAUGCAAACAUUAAUUCAGGGAUAUUAUGAAAUCCCAAUUGUCACAAGGAUAUAUACAACAGCGUGUGUGUGCACAACAUUAGCCGUACAUCUUGACUUAGUCUCGCCUUUUCAACUUUAUUUCAAUCCGACGCUAAUAAUGCAAGGACAGUUAUGGCGCCUACUUACAACUUUCCUUUUCUUUGGCACUAUUGGAUUUAGUUUUCUUUUCAAUAUGAUUUUCACAUAUCGAUAUUGUCGAAUGUUAGAAGAAGGAAGUUUUCGUGGCAAGACAGCUGAUUUCAUUGUGAUGUUUUUCUUCGGUGGUGUAUUCAUGAUCAUCUUUGCCUUCUUCAUUAAUCUCUUGUUUCUCGGACAAGCUUUCACUAUAAUGUUAGUCUAUGUGUGGAGCAGAAGAAAUCCAUUUUUGCGUAUGAACUUUUUUGGAUUACUCAACUUUCAAGCUCCGUAUCUUCCAUGGGUUCUUCUUGCAUUCUCUGUUAUACUUGGCAAUGCUAUUUGGAUAGAUUUAGUAGGAAUGGGAGCUGGUCAUAUUUAUUGGUUCCUUGAAGAUGUUUUUCCUAAUCAACCUAAUGGAAAGAAACUUUUAAAGACACCUCAAUUCUUAAGAAAUAUUUUCGAUGAGCCAGAAGAUGCUGACUUUGAAGUAUUACCAGAAGAACGCCCAGGAGGCGCAGGAUUUCAAUGGGGAAAUGUAGGCAACAACAACCCUGCCAAUAAUCCUGAAAAUGAUCCACAAUGAUUCAGAAACAUCUUGAAUAAGUUUUCUUUUACCAAAUUUUCUGAGUUUUUUUUCUUUUUUACUGAAAAUAAAUCUUUUUGAUCCUGAAAACUAAUUAAAAUAAAUAUAAAAAAUGAACUAAAACAUUUUGUUUCAAAUUGUAAGAA